GGUUGUGAUACUGCCUCAACCCGGCAUACUCGACCUCUGGCUUUCUGUUUGUUUUAAAAUCGAAAUGGCACUGAAUUUGGAGCAAGAGAUUCGUCGGCAGCGCCAGCAGAUGCACAUGACUGUGUAUGCCCAAUGCAUUUCCCCAAAUGGCAAAUACCUGGUAGCUGGCAACAGCUAUGGAACGAUUGCAAUCUUCAGUAUUACAGCUUCUUUGAGUGCAGAAGCCAACAAGGAAACAUGGAAACCGUUAGUCUCCUUCAAAGCGUACGAUGGAGCUAUUUAUGCACUGGUGUCAACAGAAAAAUUCCUGAUAAGUGCCGGCUGUGGUGAUAUCAAAGGCUGGGCCUGGGCUGAUAUUUUUCAGAAGAAUCCUAAGAUUGCCUGGUCCCUGUCUCUGCCAGUAUCCAGUAACUUUAGUGCAUUUGAGACCAAUGCACUAGCCUACAGUACGAAGGACAACAUUUUGUACUCAGGUGGUGGUGAUAGCGUGGUGUAUGCUUGGGAUCUAGAAAGUGGGACUAAAAAGGAGACCUUUGCAGGCCACACUGAUUACAUCCAUUGCGUCUCAUUAUACCACCAAUCACAGCAGCUGGCUUCAUCCGCAGAGGACGGUUCUGUAAGAAUAUGGGACUCGAGAAGAUCAGGAGAAGCCGUGCAUCUCAUUGAGCCCUACAAACAUGAGGAGUGUGCGAGACCACAGCAUGGCAAAUGGGUUGGAUGUGUGUCACUGGAUCCUGGCGAGGAAUGGCUGGUCUGUGGCGGAGGCCCCUCCUUGUCUCUCUGGCAUCUGAGGUCGUUGACCCCCACCGUGACCUUUGACGCCCCAAACUGCUGCUCUCAGGUGGUGACCUUCCAUGAAGAUUCGAUCAUAUCGGGAGGCAGCACGCCAUUUGUAUACCACUGGAACAUCAACGGUGUUCCCAAGACCAAGGUCCCCUGCACUGCAACAAGCGUAUUCAGUCUGGCUAUCAACACAGAAAACGGAAGCAAUAAGGUGCUGUGUGUCUCGGGAAACAGCUCCCUGAUUGAUGUCUACACCAACUUUGGCUACCGGGCUUUCUCGCUGGAUUUCUGCUGAUAAGGCAGCGUCGGCACGGGUAGCCUUCAAGAGCAGAAUCUGGAGAAGGGGAGACAGGGUCCCCAAAGGAUCAUGCAACAUUGCUGUUCAGAUGAAAACAAAAAGACUGAACAAUUUCCCGGAGAUUUGACAGAAACAUCGCUGACAACAGUUUCUGCAUUUGGUAUGAUUUAAUUGGACAGCUGACACUUUGCAUCGAAAGUUCUCAUGUCCCAAAAUGUGGCAGUGCAGAAUGAAAUGCAGCCUCUGUGGAAAAGAAGACAUGUUAACCAGACUGCCCAAGAAAGGACAGAGAAAUUUCUGGAUUUCAUGUGGUACCAAACCCUUCACCUUUUUAGAAGAGCUUACACAGUUACAUGUACCUCAGGGAAAAGUGCGUUUACUUGGCCUGAGCUGCAAUGGAAACAUGCCCAUUUUAGGUAAUCGUUGGCUGCCAAUCAAAAGGCAAGGAUGUUUUUUUCCAACCAGUUCUUGACACAACAAAGAAACUAUUUGCAGUCGCUUGCCUCUUGGCCAUUCUGACAAAGGUGAGCAUUACUGCUGGUUUCCUCUGAGCCUGCUGCUACCUCUCCAAGACUGACAUCUGUUCAGUGCUGUUUACAGUUACAUUCAUGUCAUCGCUUCAUUUCCAGAUGAAUGAGAAAGAACUCUGUAGACUUAUUUGUUUCUCCUGCCAAUGCAGAAUGCUAUUACAAUAAUUGUUGGUAUACUUGAGAGAUGUGGACGAACGUAAACUAACGUGCUGCACAUUACUACUAUCUUAAACACAUCCCACAGCUACUGGUCACCGCAAGUCUAUUUCCCGUAACCCUAACCCUGCCAGACGGAUCAGACUGCCACAGGGCAUCAGGUGAAAAAGUCUGCUGCACUUUGAUGCA